GUAGCCAGGACGUCCCGGGGCCCGCCGAUUUCACAUGGGGAUGGGAGCCGUGGGCCCCGCUAGGCCGUGAGGCGAUGCAGACUGGCUAUGGGGAGAUCUGGCUACCUCUAGACUGCUGCUUUUUAUCCGCUAAUGUUACAAUCAACACAACUGAAGAAGCCACCUCUAGCUGGCACAAAUAGCAACUGAUAGACACAUGCAAGUGACAUAAUUACCACAGUGACAUAAAUUAGGUCAGCCUCCUUUGGUCAAGUAGACAUGGCCUAACACGGAGGAAGAGUUCUCCAUGGGCAUUAAAUCCUCUAUAAUGCCUAUGUCAUGAAAAGACCUUUUCUCAUCUCAAUUAUGACUGAAAGUCUUGUCCUUGAGGGCCAACUCAACAACCAAGAGAAAGAAGCAAGAUGUGACAAGAUUUUCGGUGGGAAUUGGUUGCUUUGGGACACCCCUGGAAGAUGUCAGCAGCAAAAAACAAGUGACAAUGAUCAUGACAAAGAGAUGGAAGAUCCAUCAAGUGAGGCACCAGUCUUGUAAAAGGUCAGUUUGGUUGGAUCUCAAAUCUUUUGUCACUAGAGUGCACAGGAGAAACCUCACCAACUUAUCCUCUUUGAGGUCCAUUUGAGCUCGAAUCAACAGUGAAGGGCAUUUCAGUCGGAACGGACAUCUUCUCUUGGUUUGUCCUGCUGCGGAGAGCCAACGAUGUUUGUAAACAUGCAGAACAAAAUCUGCCCCUUUGGAAGAACAUCAUGUUCAAGGGCUCUGUGCUUUGCUGUUGUUACUGUUGGAACUCGCUGCACUCACUCACCCCUCUCCAUUGCACCCCAUUUGCGACGCACGAGUCAUGGAGAAAUUCAUCAAGGAAGCCAGAGACACUGAAAACGCCAUGGAAGGUUGUGCAAAUUCUUGCAACUUCUCAGAAGUUCUCACAGUGCCUGACACAAAAGUUAAUUUUAACAAGUGGAAGAAAAUGGACAGGCAGAGGCAGGCAGCUGAGGUGUGGGAGGGACAGGCUCUCCUCUCAGCUGCUGUGCUCCGAGCCCGGGACCUAGUGGCUGAUCCCUCCCUGAGCCAGCAGCUCGGCCGCACCUACAGCAACCUGCGCAGCGUCGGUCAGAUCCUGCGCAGCCACAAUGCCCAGAUGGAGCCAGCCCUGCCCUCUGCACCACCCCCCACCCUCAGCGUCCGGACUUUAGCCAAGCUGCUCAGCAUUCACUCCAACUUUCUGCGGGGCCGGGUUAAGCUCUUUCUGACGGACGCCUGUCGGCCCGAGGCUGGGUGAGGGGUUCCCGGCCUCCCCCGCUUGCCACAGCACUCCGCCCUCCCCCCCCGGAAUCUUCCCGGUGACGGACCGGACGACUGACAGCCGCCAAUCAUCUGCCCACUGGACAGCGGCCCCGGAGCCUCGGCACAACCUCGCUGAGGAAUGAUUGACGCCUGUCACCCAAUCCCGAGUGCAUCACAGCCUGGGCCAGAGAGCUCGCUGCCCUUCUGGUGUGACAAUGAUUGACAGCUGCCCAUCAACCCAGUCAGGACUCAAUGCACCAAUCUGAUCCCCCCAACACCAGCUGGAAACUAGAGGAGCAAAACUGACAGACAACUGAAGCCCUGGACCUGGGAGUUACCCGUGUAACAGGCCACCCUGCCCCAGAGGUGGCUGCAUUUCAACACCCUGCUCUGGGAUCCUGGCCUCGCAGACAGGUGCUGCUGGAUCGCUCAUGGCUGAUGAUCCCCCCGUAAGAGCAGGGAGCCUGAACAUCCAAAUCUCUCCUGCCCUGCUUGAAACGGCAGCAGGGCCAGGGACUCAGAGGAGGCUGAAGUGCCGGGGCCCAGGGGCCUUCACUAUAGAGUUUAUAUUUUAUAUUAAGUUAAGGU